UAUUUUCAAACAGCAUGCAAAUAAUGUUCGCGUAGCCGCUGAAGAUUACAUCGUACGUCGUCAAGCACGUCAAAAAUCAUUGACUCGUUCAAUGACGACUGGUCUUGCCGGUCCAAUUCUCAGCAUGGGAGCAGUUCAUUACUUACCAGCAGCAAAGAGUGGUACAUUCUUCGCUCGUGAUAAUGUUUCAAAUUUCAUCACUUGGUGCAGAAAUUGCCUGCAGAUUUUUGAAUGUUUACUUUUCGAAACUGACGACCUAAUAAUGCGAAAGAAUGAGAAACAUGUAAUCUUAUGUUUAUUGGAAGUAGCUAGACGCGGAGCUAGAUUUGGGAUGUUAGCACCAAUGCUGGUGCAAAUGGAGAGGCAAAUUGACAGAGAAAUUGCCGCUGACAAUAAAGCAAAUGGUGUUUCUUUUGAAACACAAACCGAUAUUACACAUAUGAUUUCAAUUGGUACUGAAAACAGCUUUGAUUCAGAUUCAGAAGACGAAGAAGAUGAUAAUGGGCCAAUGCUGAUGUAUGGACCACAGCCACAAAUUGUUACCAAUGAUUUGAAGAGCUUGGAUGAGAUGGUUCGUGAUUUGGUUGAGAAAUGUACGUGUCCAUCACAAUUCCCAAUGAUUCGUGUUUCUGAAGGCAAAUAUAGAAUAGGAGACACCAAAGUGUUAAUUUUUGUUCGAAUUUUGAGAUCGCAUGUUAUGGUGCGUGUUGGAGGUGGAUGGGAUACACUCUCACAUUAUUUAGACAAACACGAUCCAUGUCGAUGCAAAGCUCAACAUCGAACAUCUGUAGCUGCAAAGUUGUUUACACGAACAAAUCAACAAAAUGGCAUCGAGUUGCACAAAGCUCAAGUUGUGUAUGAAAGAUCACCGUCAGCAUCACGAAAGUUUUCAACUGGAAAUAUGGCAGCGUCAUCGACUGCUGUGGGAAACUUACAAACUAAUGAAAAUUUGUCACUGCCAACAUGUAACAGAAGUCGUAGUAGAAGUCCAACUGGGGAACGUAAGUCGAACAUAACAAGCCAUACCCCAGAGCCUAGUCAGACAAGCGAGAAAACGUUUUUGACAGCAUCACAAAGUUUUCAACGUCGCUCAAUGUCGCCAAGCCCUCGACACUUGACUGACAUAAGAAAGAAGCAAAGCUCUUUGGAGAUCCCACAAUCAACAAUAUCGACACAUAUCUCAUCUGUUCAGAUUCCACUUGCGCAAGAUGACCCAGUGCUGAGUGAUUUAGCGAAAAUUGAAAGCACCUCAAAUGGAACAACAACCAACAACGAUGGAGCUAAUAAAUAUGAGAAUGCCAGUGAUAAUGGAAGACGUCAUGAUAGAAAUUCACCUGAAAUAAUCACCCCAGCCAGUGAUGAAGUAACAUUAAGUGAACCUAAACCCCAUUCAACAAUUCUUUUUGAGAAAACUGUUGAUUCAAUUAAAGAAAUCGAAACGAAAUUUGAAAAAUCAGGAAUUGUGGUUAAAGACAAUGACAUCAGUGUUGAUAUUGCUUCAAUGACUGGUUUGAGAAAGACUGGAUUCUCUGAAGUUUUGUACGAAGACAAUCCAAUUUUCGCUGUGAGAAAAGGACCACAAUCAAGAAUCCCAAAAUCACCGAUGCUAACGCGGCGUAAAAGCAUGGAUAAUUGCAGUACAUUCAUGACUCCAGAAGAAGAAACAUUCGGAAGAAUUUCAACUUACCGUUCAGUUCGUAAACCACAAAAACAAAAAGAACGAACCUCGUUGAAGGAAAACACAUGGAAUGGACGAUCAUCAGCGACUCCUUCAAAUCAAACAAAGAAAAGACCGAUAAUGACGUCAGAUACUUUCAAAACGCCAUCACGAACAGCUUCUCUUACUAGAAAUACGCCAACAAGAUCAUCAGCACAAGAAUUUGAUAUAAGAACGCGCCAACGACCUUCAACAAGAACGUCAUCAUCAGUAAAUACAUCGCCUAACAAAACAAACAAUAGCAACACAGUACAAUCACCGUUGGCACAACAACUAUUAGAAGCUGCUGGAAAAGCGAGAAACGAUGCACAAAUUCUCAUCAAAAUCAAGCAAAUUCUUAACGAUUAUGCUUCAAAGAAUAAAAUAAACGGUGACUUUGAUGAUUUCACAACAACGUGGGUGAAUAACAAUGGGCUUUUGGAGGAUGCCAUUGAUGAAUCACUUGUUAAAUCUCAAUCGAACAGAAAUUCAAGUAUUUCUACGUCAUGCGAAAGCAAUCCGACAGCAACGUCAUCAGGGGAUCUUCCUGUUUCUGCUACUCUCUCACCACGACGUAGUAAUAAAGGAAUGUCGAAAAUUCCAGCACCGGUUCGUUCCAAUACCGGAUUGUAUUGA